UAACCAAUGAAACUGCAUAAUUACUAUUAAAGCCGAAUCUUGCAAGUGUCUUUGAACGCAGCAAUAGCCUUCAGCUGUCUGGGAACUGAGCAGCUGUCACACUUUGGUGUGUUCGCUCAGCAAACGACACGUACUCUUAUUUUAGGAGGCUUUGGCAGAAUGGCACGCGGGCAUCAGAAGAUUCAGUCUCAGCAGAAAAACGCCAAGAAACAGGCAGAGAUAAAGAAGGCCAAGGGUCAUGAUCAGAAGACGGCAGCCAAGGCAGCGCUUGUGUUCACCUGCCUUGUGUGCAAGUCCCAGAUGCCCGACCCAAAAACCUUCAAGCAGCACUUCGAGAGCAAGCACCCGAAAUCCCCUCUGCCCCCUGAGUUAGAAGGAGUGGAGGCAUAAACGGUCACCCUGGAUACCAAACCAAGUUCUUCAAGGCCCUGCCCCAGUUCUGCACUUGUCUCAGUCUGACAGCAAUGGACCAUUUAUUGUAACCAACAUGAAGCAGUUAUCUUCAUUUAGGCUUUAACAGACCAGGUUGCCUUUGAUGCAAUGCUUCCUCCCAUCCAGUCCUGUUUUCGCUUGUGUUUAAAUACACAUGGGGCUAAACCCAAAUGCCGGUUACGAUCCAGGAACAAUCCAAGUGGUGAAUGAAGAUUUCUCCCUUCAUUCAACAGACUCCUCAGUGCCCCGAGGUGUUGUGCACAUAGGAAUAUUUCUCGCCGCUAGCUCUUAUACCUCUUUAUCUGAAGCUUUGGUGGCUUGAUUGUCUGAUUAAACCUUUAUAGUCAACAUGCCACAUGAGGUAAACACAUACAGUGUCCUUAAACAAAGCACAGAUUUGGCUUGGGUGGGAUGAUUCUGAUUUUAAGUUUGCUGCAAUCAAGGCAAUGACAAAUGUGACCUCAUCUAUUUUAUUAUUGCUUUGAGUAUUGAAUCAAAAGGAGGCUGUGACAUUUUUUCCUCACAUCAGCGCUGUCUGCCACGUUCUACUGCAAUCUUUAAUCUAGCUAAUCAUAAUUUCAUGUUCGGUCACAAAAAUGUGAAGUUUUGCUAGCCAUUUCCAAAUCGCUGAACAAAAUGACAUUUGAUAAAAUUUUACGGGAGCUUGUCGGUAACAUUUGUACGCUUGGAAAAUGAAUGUAUGCUCCAAUGAUGUAUUGUAGCAUUUUAUUAAAUUUAACUUUGUUGUA